CAUCGUUGCAAACAGACUCAGAUUCCACCAAUCCCCUUCUCCUCCCACCCUUAAAUCCCACGCCCAGCCUGCUUCCCUUCCACCCCAACCCGCGCGCCAAUCCACUCCCACCUCGUCUCCUCCGCGCUUCGUCCAUGGCGGCCACGCACCGGGUCUCAGCCGUGAUCUUUGAUCUCGACGGCACCCUACUGGACACAGAGAGGGCGACAAGGGACGUCCUGAAGGAGUUCCUGGGGACCUACGGGAAGGUCCCGGAUGCCGCCAAGGAGGUGCAGAGGCUGGGGCAGAUGCACAGGGAGUCCACCACCGGGAUCAUCGCGGAUUACGGGCUGCCGCUCACCGUCGAGCAGUAUUCCGAGGCCAUAUACCCGCUGUACAUGAAAAGGUGGCAGAGUGCGAACCCGCUUCCAGGAGUUAAGAGGCUUCUCAAGCAUCUUCACAACAACGGAGUACCCCUGGCACUUGCUUCGAAUUCCAUCAGGAGAAAUAUCGAUCACAAAAUCCUGAAACUAGGAGAAUUGAAAGACUGCUUUUCAGUGGUACUUGGUGGUGAUCAGAUACCUCAUGGAAAACCUUGUCCUGACAUAUUCCUUGAGGCUGCAAAGAGACUUGGUGUAAAUCCAUCAUCAUGCUUGGUCAUCGAAGAUUCUCUUGUUGGAGUUCAGGCUGCCAAGGCUUCUGGAGCGAAGGUAGUUGCUGUUCCAUCACUCCAAAGUCAAAGGCAAUUUUACUCAAUGGCUGAUCUCAUCCUCUAUUCACUACUAGACUUCCAUCCUGAGCUGUGGGGUCUUCCCCCAUUUGAAGAUUUCAUUCUAGGCGCUUUGCCUGUGGAACCGUUACUCUCCAAUGCCCAGAUAGGUGAUGUGGUUUUAAGCAAUACUCAUACAAUUAUAGCAGGUGAGCAUACCUAUGAUUCUAUUCCUGAUCAAAUAUCAGGAAUUUUCUUUGGUUGGGCCAAGUCAGAAGCAUAUGGAGUCUCUAAAGUAGUGGUCAGCAUUGGGUGGGACCUUUCACUGCAAAAUGUUGAAAGAGUGAUGCGCAUAUGUUUUCUUGAUUCUCUCCACAAGGCCAAAACGGAGGAUCCUGUGGAGCUGCUAUUAAUUGGUUACAUCCGAAUGCUCAAAAGCACGGAAAAUAUAUCUCAAGCAUUGAGCAUUACUGACGAGGACCAAGCCACUGCAAAGGGUGCACUAGACCUCCCAGCUUUAUCUGAAUAUGCAAAGGCAAGGAGUGCAUUGGACCUCCCAGCCUUGUCUGAUUAUGCAGAGCCACAGAACGGCUUUCUUCUCGGCUGACAUAUCAUA